AUGGGGCCCAAACAGGGGGGUCCACCGGGUGCGAGACCUGGUCCGGGAGGCCCGACACAGCCCCAGGGACCCGGUUUGGGCCAAACUGCCCGAAAGAACCUCCAGGUGGAUGUGAGCAGUACCAGAAGUGGGCAUUCACCCGCUGUUUCGCCAGGGGGCAGCGUACCAACCUCGCCCUACUCUUUGCCCCAGAUCGCACCCAUGCCCAGCAGUAAGCUCUGCCCAGUGUGCAAGAGUGCAGAUCUGACAGGCACUACAGAAGGCCAGCCAAACUACAAUACCUGCACGCAGUGUCGCUCCAUGGUGUGCAACCAAUGCGGAUUUAACCCUAACCCGCACCUCACUGAGGUGCAAGAGUGGUUGUGUCUGAACUGUCAAAUGCAGAGGGCAUUGGGGAUUGACAUGGAGACACCACGAUCAAAGAGCCAGCAGCAGAUCCACUCGCCAUCCCAGCCCAGCAAACCUCAACUCCAGCCUGAAUCACAACCCAUGGUGGCCCCGCAGUCCCAGCCCCAACACCAACCUCAACCCCAGUCUCAGCCUCCCCCAGAAGCAAAGAAGCAGCCCCUUCCCCAAGCUACCCCUCUAAGCAAACCUCCUGCUCCAGGUGCCAUCCCUCUUCCAGGCUUGGCCAAAGCCCCUUCCCAGCCUGACCUCUCUCGCUUGGGCCCUGGAGCCCAGUCCCAGGCCCCGUGGCAGGACCAGACCCGCAGUGCUGGAAGCUCCCCAUCCCGUCAACCUCCUCCACCAGAACAACCCUUUGGGAAACUCUUUGGUUUUGGUGCUUCACUCUUGAACCAGGCUAGUAGUUUGAUAUCUGUAGAUCCCGUGCAAACCGCACCGCCAGCCCACCAACCUUCAUCCCCCAAGCCACCACAGAAACAACAGGGACCCACUGGACCUGGUCCAGCAGGGGGUGUUAAACUUGCAGCCCAGCCCGGUCCACCAAGGCAAGAUGCUGCUCCAAAGCCCAAAGUGUGUUGCCCACUCUGUAAGACUGAGCUGAACUUGGGAGAUCCAGUUAAGCCUCCAAAUUACAACCACUGCACCCAGUGCCACACCCAAGUCUGCAACAUGUGUGGCUUUAACCCUACUCCUCACCUGACCGAGAAGAAAGAAUGGCUGUGUUUGACAUGCCAGACUCAGAGAGCGGUAUCAGGGAGCUUAGGGGAUAUUCCUCCUUCUGAGCCACCAUCUGUUGGAUCUCCCAGACUACCAGGCCCAGCCAGUCAACAGCAGCAGAGAGGACCCAGUCAGCAAACUGCACUGAGACCUACCGGCCCUCAGCAGCAAAAGCAACCUGGUGCUCAAGUAAGUGGUCCUUUCUCUCUGGUAAAACAGGGGGCACCACAGUCCAAGGGCCCCUCGCAACAGAUUCCUGGAACUAAAGCUGAGCCACAAAAACAAAAUCAAGGCAUUAACAAGAAAAAAGCUAUGUCCAAAACAGAAAAAGAGGGGGACGUCAAAGCACCGUCUAAAAAGGGAACACCGGAUAAAAAAGAUGAGAAGAAAAGUAGUGGCAUGCAGAAAUCUAAACAAGAUGAUGAUUCCAACAAGUCUAGUACGCAGAGCCUGAGUGAUACAGGCUACUCCUCAGAUGGGAUAUCCAGCUCCCAGAGUGAGUUUACUGGAUUGAUCCAAGAGGACUCUAUGAAGCUAAAUGAGAGGGGAAUCUCAGACCAACGCAGCCCUCCAAGUCCAUCUGAGAUCACAAAAUUGGAAAGUUCAAUGCGUCCUUUGCUGGAGUCACAUACGGGCACUGACCAUGGCCAGAAUAAUGAUGGAAAGGACACCACAGAACAACAGAGACCUCAAUCUCUCACUAUAUUAAAUGAUCAGGAAUUUGAAUCGGAUGAGGAAGCAUCAGAUGAUCUCAGCUGUAAAUUAAGACAUGACUAUGUGGAAGACAGCAGUGAAAGUGGCCUUUCACCAUUACCAAACAGACAGAAGUCACAGAAAGAGUUAACAGAUGAGGAGUUCAUGAGGAGACAGAUUCUGGAGAUGAGUGCAGAUGAGGAAGAUAUGACAGAGGUUGAGGGCCACAUAAAGACAAAAAGGAGCCAUAAACACAGUGGAGAUCUUGGAAAAGAGAGACGUCGCCUCACACAGCAAUCUAACAGUUUUGAGGAAGACACUAAAAUCACUGAUAGCUCAUACAAUUCAGGUGAAGCAGAUGACAUGAUGGCCUCCCAAGGUGGUCUGAGACGAUUUAAAACUAUAGAGCUGAAUAAUACAAAUAGCUACAAUCGUGAUAUGGAACUCAGCACAGAUCAUGACCUCAGGGAGCCUGAGCUUGAGAUGGAAAGCCUCACUGGGUCACCAGAAGAAAGGUCGAGGGGGGAAUACUCUUCAACUCUCCCAGCAACCACACCGAGUUAUACUUCUGGCACUUCUCCCACUUCUGUGUCAUCAAUGGAAGAUGACAGUGAUAGCAGUCCCAGCAGAAGACAAAGGCUUGAGGAGGCUAAGCAGCAAAGGAAAGCAAGGCAUAGAUCCCAUGGCCCAUUAUUGCCAACAAUUGAGGACUCCUCAGAGGAAGAUGAAUUACGAGAAGAGGAAGAACUCUUGCGAGAGCAAGAGAAGAUGAGAGACCUGGAGCAGCAAAGGAUUCGCAGCACAGCCAGAAAAACUAAACGGGACAAAGAGGAACUUAGGGCCCAGAGACGCAGAGAGAGGUCAAAGACACCACCUAGUAACCUCUCACCUAUUGAAGAUGCAUCCCCAACAGAAGAGCUCAGACAGGCGGCUGAAAUGGAAGAGCUCCACAGAUCAUCCUGCUCAGAAUACUCUCCCUCCAUGGAUUCAGAGGCAGAAGGUUUUGAAAUGAGUUCAAAGCUUUACAAGUCUGGCAGUGAAUACAAUCUUCCUACAUUUAUGUCUUUGUACUCACCAACAGAGAAAACCUCUGCUGUCUCACCCUCAGCAGCAGAUAAAUCAUUAAAAAGUGCUGAAGAGGUUUAUGAGGAAAUGAUGAGGAAAGCAGAGUUGAUGCAAAAGCAGCAGCAGCAGCGGACACAAGGAAGACAAGGACAACAGGAAAGAGUCAUUCAGCCAGACAGUAAACAUCAUUUAGAUUCUGGAACAACGUCUCUGAGUCCAGGUACAAGUCCUACCCAGAUCUCAGCUCCAGUCACAUUCUCUGGAAAUGAUCCUGCAGGAAGAGAGACACAAAGGAUGCAUGUUACACAGAGUCAUUCAAAACAAAGUCAAGUUAGAAUGAGCACCCAAACCUCUAAGUUAGGCCAUCCUACUGGUACCCCACAAUCUCAGGUUAAGCAGCCUUCUCCGACACAGUCUCAAGGAAGACCUAGUGUUCAGGGUACAGCACAGGGUCAAGUGCCUGAUCCUGGGGGAUCCUCCUUAACAUCAAAAAUGUUCUCAUAUUUUAAAGGCUCAAGUCCUUCCACAUCACCUUCUACUUCACCCACACAAAGUUCCACUCGUACCCCUGCACCUACUACCACAGUGGCACCCAUUCCAACCACUCAUAUCCCUCAUAGAGCUGGAGCGCCACGCCUUGCAAGACAGCAGUCCUCCCAAGAUUCCCCUGUCAUGGUGAUUACAUUGGGAUCAUCAACCAGCAGUCAACCCACCAAACCAGUGACUGUGAAUUCCUCCACCUCACCUUUAUCCUCACCAACAAAAGACAGCCAACAGACAAUUUAUCAUACUACAACAAAGUUGCCUACAUCUCCACAGAAAUAUCCAGCCCACCCAUCACCUCAACAUAGGGCACAGAUAUCAGAGCGAGUUAGUGUGGCUGUAAGUACUGCCAUCUCUUCUGGUUCCACAUGCAGUGGAUCUCUUCCUAUGGGAAACAUAUCCUUGUGUCGAAUCUCCACAGUCCCUGGUACAUCAAGUGUUGUGGAGCAGGGCACAAUUGCCCCUGGUAGUAAUAUAGUGGAUCUUAGAACACCAAUGAAGCCUGCCCCAAUCAUCAUGACAGACCAGGGUAUGGACCUAACAUCUCUGGCUUCUGACACACGAAGGUACUCACUUGAUGGAGAAACAACUCCAAAUCUCCAUACUGCUGUACAAUCUCUUAUCAUGAACCUAAAUGCACAGGCACAACCUCAGGUGACAACAACUACACCUACAACAGUUAGUGUGACUGUGGCAGCAUCAAUGUUCAUAUCACAGCCAAAGCAUCCAGUUGUGUAUGGAGAUCCAUUGCAAAAUAGAGUUGACUUUGGUCAAGGAGUUGGAUCUGCAAUUUGUCUUACUCAGACCAGGCCACUGAUCACAGAUCCAUCUAUUCCAAAAAUAGAUGCAUGUCUGGAAAAUCUAGGCAUCCAGCAGCAACAACUUCAGAAGCAGCAACAGAAGCUUCAGCAACAACAAGUGCUCCUUGAGCAACAGCUCCAGCAGCACCAGCAAAAUGCUUCUUUCGCUCGGUUCAACUUGGCUAAUCAAGUCCAACCAAUAUUGCUGAAAAAGGACUUGGUAGUAAGCCAGAUCCCAGACGGAGUUACACAAACAGUGGUCAGUUCCAUUUCUAAUAUUUCUCCACUAACUCCACCACCGUCAUCAUGCUCUGCAUCUUCCAAACCUACACUUGGUCAUGACAUAUAUGGCGGGGUGGCUUUGGAGCUAAAGAACAAACCUGUUGUAAUGAAUCUUUCCACAGGGAAGCCCCAAGUUAUGAUGGUGCAGUUGGAUGAGAAUAAUGCUCAAGGAGGAACAGUGACUCAGCUUGUUAAAGGAGAGGAUCCUCCUCCACCAGUAGAGGUCCUUGAUCUCACAGGUCAGAUUAAACCAGAUAAUCAGUUAGCUUGUUGUGAUGUUGUCUACAAGUUGCCAUUUGCUGGUAAUUGUUCAGGUCCUUUUGCUCAGAGAAGUAAGACAACACACUCAGAAGCUAAUUUAUCUGUAGAGCCAUCUCAAGCUCCUGGGCAGCAAAGCCAACCUGGAAAAGAUGUUUUUCAAACAGCAAAUAUACAAGGGGCAACAGAAGAGCGCAAAGCUUUUACCUUGCCUCCUUCAGGACGACUUCCACCAUCAAUGUCAGACAACAAUCUAGCAAGUUCAGGUCUUCAAUAUUAUCAAAGGACUGAUGCUGGGGAUCUAGCAGUAGAUUUAAGCACUGUAAAUCAGGCUUAUGAAGCAGGAUAUCUAGGAAUGGGCACCCAGUAUGGAUCUUACACAGAUCUACGACAUCAAGGAGGUGAUUCAGCUCCGCCAUUACCUUUGCGAAAAUAUGGUUCUAUGUCCAAUAUCAAUGCAGAGUAUGGCUAUCCAUCUCGUGACCUUGGUGGAUUUCAAGAAUCUAACCUUGCACAGUACAGUGCCACUACAGCCAGGGAGAUUAGCAGAAUGUGUGCUGCUCUCAACUCCAUGGAGCAGUUUGGUAGUCGUUACACCAGUAAUCCUGACCUUCUGCAGUACAGUGCUGGUAGAGGAGGCCCUACAGCUAGACUGAACAUUCAACAAAGCCUAGCAUCUAUUAGAGCCAACCUAUUGUAUGGUCCCGAUGGCAGACCAACAGUACACAGUCAAACACUAACAAAUCUGAUUAAUGCAAGACAAGCUAGCCUAAGGUCUUUAUAUCCCCCUGCUGUAAGGACAGCUGAUGGCAUGAUAUACUCUACUAUCAAUACCCCAAUAGCCUCCACCCUACCAAUCACCACCCAGCCUGCCCCUGUCCUCAAUCCUAUGAUAAGAGGUGUAUAUGGUCCUUACCCUCCAAGUAGUGUAACUACUGUACCUCUGGCUAGCCUCACCAGGUUGCCUCAAGUCAACCCAAGAAUGCCUCUUACUGCCCAAGGAUCUUACAGAUAUCCUCCUCCAAAUUGUUUUUUAGCAACAGCUCAAGAUACUUCCUCAGGAAGUGUACCACCAACUAUUACCUCCCAGGAUGUUCCAGUUUAUCUGGGGAAGCCUGCAACAGCUACAAGUGUGUCAACAACUGCAUCAACAGAAACUGGUCAACCUUUUUCCAAAUUAGGUAUGCAAAGUGUACAACCAGCACAGACAAGUGCAGUGCCAGUCCAGUCAGGUGUAAAUGAACAGGCUCCCUUUGCUCAUAUUUCAGUAGAGGGUACUACAGCACAAUUCCAAAUGCAAACACAGUCCCAAACUCAACCACAGUCAUUGGUAAAAGGUCAGGAACAAUCUCAUGCUCAAUGCCAGCCUCAGACUCAGCCUAAAACAUUAUCAGUGCCACAAAAACAGGCCCAGACAUUUACCAGAGUCUUUCCAGAUACAGCUGCCAGUACAACUAUUACCACUUCUGCUAAUAUUGAGAAGGAAAAAGAGGAGGAACGACUGCGCUUACAACAGGAGCAACUCUUGCAGCUAGAUCGAGAACGUGUUGAGUUAGAGAAACUGCGUCAGUUGCGUCUUCAGGAGGAGUUGGAAAGGGACCGCUUAGAGCUGCAGAGGCACAGAGAGAAAGAACAACUGCUCAUGCAGCGGGAGAUUCAAGAAUUACAGAAUAUCAAACAGCAGGUUCUUCAGCAGCAACAGGCUGAAAGAGAAACCCAGUUGGUCAUGCAAAGAGAGCAGCUUGCACAGCAGAGGAUGCAGCUAGACCACAUUCAGUCCCUUCAACAACAGCUCCAGCAGCAGCUUGAAGAACAGAAAAGGCAGAAAACAGCAGCCAUAGAGGCAGCUGCGGUAGCUGCAGCAGCAGAAGCAGCAGCUGCUUCAGCAGCUGCUGCAGUAGCAGCUACAACAGCUCAAAGUGCCAUUCAGGGUGUUAUGGUUGGUGGAGCUACACCUCAAACGAUCUCAAUUAUCUAUGAUCAAAGUGGUAGAAUUAUUUCACGAGAGGGCCAGAGUCUGCAGAUCUUGCCUUGUGCCGAUGGGCAGGUGGUCCAGGCGGUGGUGUCUAGUAGGCCUUUGCCCAGCUCUUCAUCAGAGAUGUCCCUCAAGAAUAGCAAAGAUCAAGGAGAUGGCCGGAUUAUGAAGAAACAAAACUCUAUGCCCCGUUUGAGAAAUGUGUCAGAGGAUGAGUCGGUCAAGAGGAUUGCAGAUUGCAGUGUCCAAACUGAUGAUGAAGACACAGAGGACAAACUCAUAUCUCGUCGCCGUAGAACCAGACGUAUAGCUGACUGCAGUGUUCAGACAGAUGAAGAGGACCAGGGUGAGUGGGAAAGUCAACCAGUACGCCGCAGACGGUCAAGAUACUCCAAACACUCUGAUUCUAGUGCAGAGACCAAGAGUGAUACAUCAAAAGUAUCUAGCAUUGCCAUUCAGACCACCAAUGACUCCGCAUGUCAGACUGAGUCAGACCAGUUGGGUAGAAUAUCUCCAGCCAUACACAUUACCAUGGCUGAAACAUCAAAGGUAGAACUACUUCACUACAUAUCAGCUCCAGAAAGAACCCAUAAGGGAGAGAGUUUGGCCUGUCAAACUGAUCCAGAGGCCCAAUCCCAAGGAGUGGUUGCUCCACAGUUGAGUGUUCCCACUUCUGUUAGCCCCUAUUCCACUAGCUUGCAAUUAGUUGGUGUCACUUCAACCAAGUUUGAAAGAAGAAAGCCGGACCCAUUAGAUAUUGCAUACCAACAGCAAGCUCAGCAACAGAAUGAAUCGCCAUCCCGUCAGCCACCCAAAUCUCCUCAAGUGCUGUACUCUCCAGUGUCUCCAUUGUCCCCCCAUCGUAUGUUGGAGACUACCUUUGCCUCCAAUGAGAAACUUAACAAGGCUCAUGUAACUCCCCAACAAAAAGCCUUCACUGCAGAGUCACCGCAGAGGCACCAGACUAUUCCAAGGCCCAUAAAGAGUGUUCAGCGGUCCAUGUCAGAUCCUAAGCCUCUCAGCCCAACAUCAGAGGACCCAGCCAAGUCCAAAUUCUUCCAAUACCAAAACCAAGCCAGCCCAGGAAGCCAGAUGUCAGCCUUGCAACAACAGAAUGCAAUGAUGAGAAAGGUGAAGAGAACUCUCCCCAGCCCCCCUCCAGAUGAGACUCCUGUACCGAUUGUAACUCCAGCAAUGCCCCAUAUAUACAGCUCACUUGGAUCAUCCCAGAGAGUUUUGCCACGUCCUGCACAGGGUGCCAUGAAGGCAGGCUUGCUGAGUGAACUGAAAGCUGUGGAACAAGAGUCCACCAAAUUACGUAAACAGCAGGCAGAGUUGGAGGAGGAGGAGAAGGAGAUUGAUGCCAAGUUACGUUGCUUGGAACUGGGCAUAACCCAUCGCAAGGAAACCAGGGUUAAAGAAAGAGAGAGGCAAGAGUUGGUGUACUUGCGAUGCAUGGGAGAUGCCCGUGACUACAUGUCGGAUAGUGAGCUGAAUAAUUUGCGAAUAGGUGGAGUUGCAUUAGGCACCUAUGAAGAGAAUGGACUAUUGUCAUGCCCUGGGACAGCUCCUCUCAACCAGUUUACAUCUGAUUUAAAUGCAUCUCAGUAUCCUCCUACUUCAGCAUAUGUUCCAUAUAAAUAUCCACAGACCCAGCCCACACCCACACAACCACCCACUGCACCCUAUCAGCAGAUUGGGUUUCAACCAUCACAGUACCCAACCUCCUCACAGCCCCAGCCUGGAACAUUCCAGCCUCAUCCUCCUCAACCCUCAUCUUACCAAAACCAGGGGCCAUACCAGACUCAUAGCUACAGUCAGUCUCCUUAUGAGUCUGAUCUUGGUUUGCAGCAGCACAGUCACCAGGGUUACCAACCAAUCACUGCCCCUUUACCAGGCCAAAGCCUACCUUAUCCUGGCCAGAGCAUGUCCUUCCAGUCCCAAGCUGACAUGCUUUCUGUCCACCAAAGGCCAAGGCAAACCUCGCUUGCGGAUCUAGAACAGAAGCUACCCACAAACUAUGAAGUGAUCAGUAAUCCUUCCAUUCCAAUAGCAACAUCAGCACAAGAAACUGGAUUCACCUGUGCCUAUUCCUCACCAUUGAACAAUGCUUAUUGUCAGUAUCGCCCCCCUGACCAACCCAUGAAUGAACGAAUCCCAAGUCCAUCAUCAGGGUAUGUAACAGAUGCUGUCUAUGCCACAAAUCUAGAGCAGAAUAUCCCCAGAAAUUAUGUAAUGAUUGAUGAUAUCAGUGAACUGACAAAGGAAAACAUGGGGUCCUCUGACAUGUCGCGAGUAGGUUAUGGAAGCGAGAAUGGCCCACGUGGACCGACCUAUGGGGAUGGGUCAGAGAAUGUAUAUGGAAGAAAUACAAGCCCCUAUCAGGGCACAGUUGACAGCCAUGGACAUCCAAAUACAAUUGUGAGUGGUGGGUCUGGAUAUUACUAUGAUGACUAUAAGCAUCCUUCUCGCAACAGUGGGGGAAUGGGCAACCAGAAGCACUCCUCCAAAAAUUUGGCUCCUGCUGUUUCAACCAAGCGUAGUAAGCAUAGGAAGCAAGGCAUGGAGCAAAAGAUCUCCAAGUUCUCCCCAAUUGAAGAAGCUAGAGAUGUAGAGUCUGAUCUAGCCUCCUAUACCAUGACAACAUCAACAGGUGGUAGCUGCACAGUGGUGACUAGGACAGGCCUGAAGAAGAGCUAUGAUCAGCAGAAGUACUAUGGGUCAAAAGAGGCAUUGGAAGAGGAUGAACGUCUCUAUGGCUCUGGACGAUCAAGGUCCACAGGUUAUGGAAUGGAUAAGAUUUCCUCCAGAGACUCAGGUGGCUACCGAAGUAAGUCUUAUGAAAGGGACGCCAUGGAGCGUUCACAGAGGGGCGCCCAUAGUCGUAGUGGUCGUCCUUCCAUGCGUACACAGAACUCAGAGGAAGAGAGCCCUCUCAGCCCCGUCGGAAAGCCCAUGGGAAUUGGUCGUGGCUCUGUGCCAGAUCCUCAUGAUGUACGAAAUCAGUAUGGCUCCAGCCAUUCCUUACCAGAUGUUCAGGACCACCAUAUGAGGGAUAUGCCUAAGAGUCAUGUAUAUAAGCCGGAUGACCCUUACCUUGCAGAUGACAUGCACUGUGCUGUGUCAGACAGUGAAGCCUAUCAUUUGGGUCAGGAGGAGACAGACUGGUUUGAAAAACCACGUGAAGCUCGAUCAGAUCGCUCUAGACACCAUGGAAGUGGAGGUCAUUCAUCCUCUAGCCGGAGGACCAAUGGUAAGCACACGUACCAUGAUUAUGAUGAGCCCCCUGAUGAAGAUCUCUGGCCUCAAGACGAAUAUGGUCAUCAGCGACAUUCUUCAUCCACCUCAUCUCGAGAACACCGUCCACAUGGUAGUAGCUCAGGAAGACACUCCUCUUCCCGACAUUCCUCAGAUGAUCCCAGGUUGUCGCGUUCUACACGGUCAAAUCCAAGAGAUCCUUCCGCUCGUGCCGAGAGCCGCGCUGGCUCAUCAACCUCACAGAAAAGAUCCGCAGAUCCACGAUCUGUUGGCCACCGAGACUCAGGAGACUACUCCCGUGAUCCAUCAGGCCACCACCAUGGCUCCAGUGGACAACGGGGGCAGAGGCAACCGGGUUCAUCCAGGAGGCAGGAGCCCUCUUCAGGUUCCAGGCAGCAACAGAGUCUAGGAGAGCAGCAUAUACCAUCACAGCAAGGACAGCAGCAGCGACAACAACCAACUGGCAAACCCACAGGGUCUCAGCCAUCUGAGGCAGGUCAGCAAGGUCAACAAUUGGGGCAAACAACCCGAACACAGCAGCAACAACCACAGCAACCUGGGCAACAGCCGGUGACCAUGAUGGGAGCGACUCAGCCCACAACCACAGCUGCUGGCACAGGAGCAGGUCUGACUCAGCAUCAAACUAAGCCAGGUCAGGCUCCAACACAGGCAAGACAACAGCCAGGAGGACCUCCCACUGCCCAGCCAGCUGCAACUAUGGCAAAACCUGACACAGCUGUACCUGCUCCCACACCAACUCCUGUAGUUGCUAUUGGGUCAAAAGCUGUACCACAGCCUGCAAAAACAACACCAAUUCCUGCCACAGGAAUCGGGUCAAAAGCAGCACUCCGGCCAGGGGGCAUAGGCAGUGCUGCACAGCAGCCCACCGAAGGGGAGAAUGUUCUCACAAAGAUCCUGCAGGGAGGAGCAGCAGAACAAGCUGGAAAAUUAGGAGAUGCUGUAUCUGCUCUCGGGAAGAAGUUUACUUCGUUUUGGUGAUCUACUGACACUAAGGUGUUGGUUGGUGGUGACUUAGAUGGUUCGAACUGGAAAAACCUACAAAUCUGUUUCUGCCUUUUAACAUCUUUAGCUGAGGGCGGGAUACACCUGAGGACACUGAUGUUUCACCCAACCUUGACGUAUCAAUGAAAACUUCUAUCUAUCAGAUGAUAUCCACAUAACCAACCAACAAUGGAGGCUGAAUAUCUCUUCCAGAGUCAUUCCAUAGUUGCUGAUGAAGCAAUUGCAAUUUCCCAAAAUACCAAAUUCCUGUUCAGUUUGGGGUUUCUCCAGACGAUUAUAUCUUCCCUUAAACUACAUAUCUGUUCUCAGGUGUCCCUCCCGAUUCUCAAAACAGUGUGUAGAGGUAAGACAGCCACAGUACUUAGAUUUUUGCAGUCCUAAUAAAGAUGUCUACACCCAGACUCUAGGAGACAAAAGCAUUGCAGGAGAACGACUACCCUACAAAGGCUUCAAACAAACAAUGCCUGUUACUCUCUUUAAAAGAAAAAAAAAAAUGUUUGCUCGAUUUCUAAGAUCUUGACAUUCCAAUAUGGCGAUGAUUGACCCUUUCUAUGAAUGUUUUAGUUUCUUCCUUAUCCUUUUUGUCAUGUGUGUUAAUGAAUGCAAAUGUGUAAACCGUGGACAUGGAA